UUCUCCGCAACCUGCAGUUUCACCAUUAAAUACACCUCCAUGCACCCUACCCUUUUGCAAGUUCAGGCAUAGAUUUGGUUCCUUUCUUUCAUAAUCCCAUUCUCCCUCUUGAACCUCCAAAUUUAAGUCUCAGAACAUCUUAACACUGUUAUUGCUUCGAUGGCAUCAAAGAGAAUUUUGAAGGAACUCAAGGACCUGCAGAGAGAUCCACCAACUUCAUGCAGUGCAGGUCCUGUCGCUGAGGAUAUGUUCCAUUGGCAAGCAACCAUCAUUGGCCCAAAUGAUAGUCCCUAUGCUGGAGGUGUUUUCCUUGUGACAAUCCACUUCCCACCUGAUUAUCCUUUCAAACCUCCAAAGGUUGCUUUCAGAACCAAAGUUUUCCAUCCAAAUAUUAACAGCAAUGGAAACAUUUGCCUGGACAUACUUAAGGAACAAUGGAGCCCUGCACUCACCAUAUCUAAGGUUUUGCUCUCUAUAUGUUCACUACUAACAGACCCAAAUCCUGAUGAUCCGCUUGUUCCUGAGAUUGCUCAUAUGUGCAAGAGUGACAAAGUCAAGUAUGAAUCAACAGCUCGGAGCUGGACCCAAAAGUAUGCCAUGGGUUAGACCCUAAUUUGUCUCCGAAUUUUUCCAACAGUUGAAAGAGUCCCACAGCCUUGCUCAGCCAUUGAUAUGACUCAAGUUUUCUAUGGUCAGGACUUGUAAUCUGAGUCUUUUCAGGAAUAAAAUGCUUGACCACUUAUGUUUUCAAGUUUUGGCUGUCUAUGUAAAACACUGCUCAGUGGCCCCAGUCUGGUAUGCAUUCAAAAUAAUUGCAAUAUAGUUAAAAGGCUUGUAAUAAUCUAUUAUUUAUUUAAAAAAAUUUAUCAUUUUUUUUCUGAAAA